AUGGAGUAUCUUCAACAGACUUUCGCUCAAUGCCAGAAGGAAGAUCGCCCAGCGCUGGUCACUUAUGUGACAGCGGGAUUCCCACGGGCGGAAGACACUCCAGAUAUUUUGCUGGGGAUGCAAGCUGGAGGGGCUGAUAUUAUCGAGCUUGGUCUACCAUUCACGGAUCCCAUUGCAGACGGCCCAACAAUUCAAAAAUCUAAUUUGAAGGCACUCGAAAAUGGUGUUACCAUCACCUCGAUGCUGGAAAUGGUGCGCGAUGCUCGUCAAAAAGGACUCAAGACACCUGUGCUUUUCAUGGGAUACUACAACCCGAUCUUACACUAUGGCGAAUCUAAAUUCCUCGCUGAUUGCAAAGAAGUCGGAGUCAAUGGUUUCAUUGUCGUCGAUCUCCCGCUCAAGGAGGCAAUCAGAUUCCGCAAUGGCUGUACACAGACUGGUCUUUCCUACAUCCCUUUGAUCGCACCAUCUACGACCGAGGACCGUAUGAAGACCCUCUGCAGCAUGGCUGACUCCUUCAUUUAUCUCGUCUCGCGCAUGGGCGUGACCGGCGCGACAGGAACCCUCAAUUCGGAACUCCCUGCCCUUAUCAAGCACGUCAAGGAGCUCUCGGGCAAUGUACCUGUGGCAGUGGGAUUCGGGAUUAGUACGCGCGAGCAUUUCCUAAGCGUCACCUCGAUUGCCGACGGUGCCGUGAUCGGUAGUCAAGUGAUUAACGUUCUCGGAGAUGCUCCAUCCGGCCAGGCUGCCCAAGUCAUCGAGAAUUAUUGCUCGCAGAUCACGCAGAGAAAAGUCAAUCGGGAUGGCUCAGUUAUUGCUUCCAUAGCGUCGAAGACAAUUGCUGGUCCGGCUAUCGAGGAGGCAGCUACCACAGAUGUCGUAGGACGCUUUGGUCUUUUCGGCGGUCAAUACGCACCCGAAGCCCUGAUAACUUGUCUUGAUGAAUUAGAGGCCGGAUUUCAAGCUGCGGUAGACGAUCCGACCUUCUGGGACGAAUUCAGAUCUCAUUACCCCUUUAUGGGUCGGACAUCUAGCCUCCAUCUCGCUAGUAGACUGACCGAACACGCUGGCGGAGCUAAUAUUUGGCUGAAACGCGAGGAUCUGAACCACACAGGAUCUCACAAGAUCAACAAUGCUCUGGGUCAGAUUCUGAUUGCUCGUCGACUGGGUAAGACCGAGAUUAUCGCUGAAACAGGAGCGGGCCAACAUGGUGUCGCCACGGCUACUGUCUGUGCCAAGUUCGGCAUGAAAUGCACGAUCUAUAUGGGCGCAGAGGACGUCCGUCGACAGGCAUUGAAUGUGUUCCGUAUCCGCUUGUUAGGUGCAACUGUGAUCCCCGUUGAGUCAGGAUCACGGACUCUCAGGGACGCGGUGAAUGAAGCAUUCCGUGCGUGGAUUGUCCGACUGGAUACGACUCACUAUAUUAUCGGAUCAGCAAUUGGACCACACCCCUUCCCGACUAUGGUUCGCACGUUCCAGAGUGUCAUCGGGGAGGAAACCAAGGCUCAGCUGAAGGAACUAGGCAAGAGUGCCGACGCAGUGAUCGCAUGUGUAGGAGGUGGCUCGAACGCCGUGGGGAUGUUUUAUCCCUUCUCCAGUGAUCCCUCCGUGCAGCUCGUUGGCGUGGAGGCUAGUGGAGAGGGUCUGGAAACGACUCGGCAUUCGGCAACUCUCAAUGGUGGCUCCGUCGGAGUUCUACACGGUGUUCGAACAUAUGUCCUGCAGGAUCAGCAUGGCCAGAUCUCCAACACCCAUUCCGUUUCUGCGGGGCUGAAUUACCCCGGAGUUGGGCCGGAGCUUGCGAAUUGGAAAGAGACUAACCGGGCGACCUUCAUCUCGGCCACCGAUGCACAGGCUUUCCAGGGUUUCCGCCUGCUAAGCCAACUUGAAGGUAUUAUCCCUGCAUUGGAGACCUCCCACGCUGUAUGGGGUGCUAUUGAGACAGCUAAAAAGCUUGGUCCCGGCAAGAAUCUGGUCUUGUGUGUGAGUGGCCGCGGAGACAAAGAUGUGCAGACUGUGGCCGAUGAGUUGCCGAAACUCGGACCUGAAAUUGGAUGGGACUUGCGAUUCUAA